AUGACAUUUUUGAGUGUAAAACUUGCUCUGGAACUUUGGACAAAGGAUGCACUGCAAGAGGAACUUGUGGAAGGGAUGCAAGAUUUGAUAAACGAGCAUGCUAACGAUUUGGCUAAAGAUAUUGGUAAUUUAUCUAGUAUACACUUGGGUCAUUUGAUAGGUAUGUUGUUUAUUCUUCAAGUUUUAUUUAUGCACGUCGUUUUUAUAGACGUAUUCUCCCUUGUAAUAUCAAAUAAAAGUCUAGAGUUUGAGCUAAUUAGAGCACUUUUAGAAAAGAUUAAUGAAAGAUAUAAUGAUUUGGAUAUUAAAAGCAAGGCUACUUUAUUCUUUUCUCUAUCUCACUUGGAUUUGGAACUCAUAAAUGAACUCUCAGAGGCAAAUUCGCUGCUUGAGAAACUCAUCUACUACUUUGAAAAGCAGAUCAAAUAUAUGGAGUUGAACGAAGCUUUGGUCGUUUUAGAAGGUCUAAAAAGGCUAUCAUACAAGAGGAGGAUAAUUGAUGAUAUUACAAAUGUCCAUUUAAUUCCAAAGUUUCCCAUUAUAAGGUAA